UCAUUGAAAUUCUUAAUUUUUACCUUAUUUUUUUUGUCUUUAUUGGUCAGCUUUUAUUUCUUGUUAGAAUCUUUAAAAGGGAAAUGGUGUCGACAAUUUAUUUAGUUUUGCAUGCCUGGGAAGCUGAGCGAGAUAAUAUACCAAUGACUACUUCGGCUCCGGUACGUCCGGCGAAUUCGCCCAUCCCGAUCGAUCUGUUCGUAUCCAAGAGACACCCGGGUCUCCCACGUGGCGUCCUAGGAUUCGCUGAUUCUUCCGGGAAGAUCGUUUUCAGGGUCAACCGUCAAACUUCUCUAUCAUCAGCAGAUGACCGGACGGUUCUCCUCGAUUCCGCGGGCAAUCCCCUCAUCUCUACCUACCGUCACCAUGACGGGUCUUGGCAAGGUUUCAAUGGCGAUGAUGGCAAGAAGGGUUUGGUAUUCAAAGUGCAGAGAGUGUCGAAUAAGUUCACUAGAACAGAGUUGGAGGUAUUUCUUGGUACUGAAAAUCAAGGAGAGUUAACCUGUGAUUUCAAGGUGAAAGGCUGCCAUUUCCAAAGAUCUUGCACCAUCUACAAAGGAGAUUCCCUUGUGGCUCAGACCAGUCUUAUGCACAAGCUUCGGCAGGUUUAUGUCAGAAGGAGUAAAUUUCGUAUAACUAUUUUUCCUGGCUCUGUAGAUCCUUCUUUGGUUGUGGCACUCGUGGUGAUAUUCUUGGAUAAUGGCCCCAAAAAAUUCCAAGUUUUGGAUAAAUUCCCCUUAUCGAUAUAAGAUUGGGAAAACACCAACAUGCUUAACAAAAGGAAAAUAUGGGAAAACACAAACACUUGAGGCAGAGGGUGGUUUAUAGCAGUUUUAGACAUUGCAAUAUGCUUCUGGGGAUCAUGCAGAUAAUAUUAACAAUUAUGCCUCAAAAAUCAGGAUGGAGAGAGAUUUGGUUACAAGGAGACGGUGGUGGGAUGGCAGCUGAGAUGGUAAUAUGCGGUGGUGGCCAACUGGCCAUGAUUUUGGGAGGAUGGUGUAGUAGAACGAAGACGAUGGAGACGGAAAUAUUUUGGAGAAAGGAAAGAGAAUAAGCUGUUUGGAUUGAGGGAAAUCUUUUCAGUUCAAUGCAAGGGAGUACUUUGUCAAAAGUUGGCAGCCAGAAUUGGCAGAUGCUUAUGGCCAAAAGAAGAAUUGGCCAAUUCUUUGAUUGGUGAAAAAUGCUAAAAAUAUAAAAUAGAUUUCUCUGUUUUCUUCUAUAUAUAGGAAAGAAGAAACUUGUGUAUGCUCUUUAUACCUUGUGGCUUUGUAAAUUUGAAAAGUAUUAGAUGACUCAAGUAUUGAAUUGUGAAUGCAUCUUCUUUUAGGCCCAUUUCAA